CCUACUUCUAAUAGAUUUGAAUCACUGGUCUAGUCAAUCUCAUCUGGCAUGGAGAAAGGCCUGAAAGACAGUCCCUUCUCUACUCCUGAAAUCCAAAUUGAUGAAAUUACAUCUAUAGAAAGAUCAUGGGGUGAUAUGGAACCAAAAGAAGAAUGCUCAUGCCAGACUACUUGUAAUUCUUGUUCAAACUCAAGCAUACUGAAACAAGGGCUUAUCAAGCAAAUAGAUUUUAAACAAUGCUUUCAGCAAACAGGAAGAAAAGCUCCAACAGAAUCAUUGCCAAGCAGAAAACAACAUUUACAAAAACCCCCAGUACCUCCUAAACCUCCUCACCUUCAGUCUGCUGGUUCUGGGAGACAUUUGCAGAGAGUCCCUACAGCUUCAUCCAGGCCGUCAUCUGAGGUCCUCGAAUUAACAAAAUACACCAUCUUCACACAACACUUAGAAGGCAGAAGACAAGCAGCAGCCAGUGUGUUUUCAAUUAAAACAUUUAAAGGUGCCAGCCAGCCACCAGAAAAUCAUACAAAGGACCAACCAAUCUCACCUGUUAAUAUGGAGCCUGCUUUAAACUCUUCUGAAAGAAUCGACCCUGAACAAUCUAUAUCUAGUAACUAUUCAGCAUCAGACUCAUGUGAGGUGGGUACAUCCGAUGAGAUUGUACAAACAGUUGAACUUUCUGACUCUGACAUAAUGAAAAUGAUAGAACUUGGCAUGCAUGAUGUAAAUACUCGGCGAGAUCACAGUAGAAUAAAUCAAACUGAUGGCCAGCCUAAAGACCAAAAUGAAAACAGAGGGGGUUCAGCCAUGGAACAAAAUGGAAAUGGCAAAAUGCCAAACAGAGACAGUGGCAUUGAUAGUCCUUCUUGCAGUGGGGAGGUAGAGGGUUUUCCAAAUGAUGAGUCUGGAUAUGGAAGAAAGAAUGCCACAACUCUGGAAUGUUUAUCAGAUAUGGGGGCACAAAGAAAGGGAAACAACAUGAAAAUUAAAGAACAAAAACGGGAGUCAACACAGGAUGAGGAAGAUGAUGACAGUGAUAUGGAAGAUGUCAGCAGUGAGGAGCAUGAAGCUGUGGAAAUACUGAAAUUAGAACAUUUGGACACCACAAAGAUAUCUAUGCCAGAGAAACUACUUAACAUUGCUAAUGAACUUCUCCAGACUGAAGAAGCCUAUGUCAAACGAUUACAUCUUUUGGACCAGGUAUUUUGCUCACGGUUAACUGAAGCUGGAAUUCCAUCUGAUGUGACAACUGGAAUAUUCUCUAAUAUAUCUUCCAUUUAUUGCUUUCAUGAACAAUUUCUUCUACCUGAACUGAAGAUAAGGAUUACAAGAGAGUGGAACACAAAUCCAAGAAUAGGGGAUAUCCUUCAAAAACUGGCUCCGUUUAUGAAAAUGUAUGGAGAGUAUGUGAAAAACUUUGACAGAGCAAUGGAUUUAGUAAACACUUGGACACAGCGGUCUGCAAGUUUUAAAGGGACAGUGCAGAGCAUUCAGAAAGAAGAAAUUUGUGGAAACCUGACAUUGCAGCAUCAUAUGCUGGAGCCAGUACAGAGGAUCCCUCGCUAUGAGCUUCUUCUGAAGGACUACCUCAAGAAACUUUCAGAUGACUCCCCAGACCGGAAAGAUGCUGAAAGGUCUCUAGAAUUGAUUUCUACAGCAGCAAAUCAUUCAAAUGCUGCUAUACGUAAAAUGGAAAAGAUGCACAAAUUACUGGAAGUGUACGAAAGACUGGGAGGUGAAGUUGAUAUUGUGAAUCCAGCAAAUGAGCUAAUAAAAGAAGGGCAUAUCCAAAAGCUGUCUGCAAAAAAUGGGACUGCACAAGACAGAUAUUUAUUUUUGUUUAAUAGCAUGAUGUUGUAUUGUGUACCAAAACUACGACUGAUGGGCCAAAAAUUUAGUGUUCGGGAAAAGAUCAGUAUUGCAGGAAUGCAGGUGCAAGCAGUUGUCAAGCCAAAUAUACUUCACACAUUUACGAUAACAGCAAAGCAGAGAACACUGGAACUAGAAGCUAGGACAGAAGAAGAAAUGAAUGACUGGAUUCAGGUUAUAAGGGCAACAGUUGAACAACAUAAGCAAAACAGUGAAACAUUUAAAGCUUUUACCAGCUCAUGUAGCAGAGAUGAAGAACAUACCUCAGAGCUAACAGGGUUUGGAAGAGCCAGUUCUUUGGAGAACAUGUCUGGAACAGAUGGACUUAGUCCGGCUUGCACACCAGAUGCACCAACAAGAAUGAAGACAAAGCGUGAGAAGGAAAAACAAGCUUGCAAAAGCUGCAGUGAAAAUUUUAACUCUAUUACCAAGCGGCGCCAUCACUGUAAGCAGUGUGGAGCAGUCAUUUGUGCCAAGUGUUCUGAAUUUAAGGUACUUGCUGACAAUCGCAAUAAUCGAGUAUGUAAAGAAUGUUAUGAGUUUUCAGCGUCAGUGCCAUGUAGUCCUGUGAUGGAGAGUUCUGCUGAGCAGAAAAGAAGAUUAGCAGCAGAGAAACAUAACUCUUUAAUAGCUGAAAACAGCCUGUUCUGCAGCCAUUUGCAGUAUCUGGACAAAGGCAAGAACUGGAUUAAGCACUGGGUGACCAUUCCCAAGAGUGAGCCACUUGUUCUGUAUCUCCUUGGAGGCAGUCAGGAGGCACGCACACAGAGAGCUAUACCGUUGCCUGGUUAUGAAGUCAGUCUGGCAGGCCCUAAUGACAAAUUUGAAAUGAAACAUGUUUUCAAGUUAACACAGUCUCAGCAGACCAUCUAUUUCAGUGCAGAUGACAAAGAUAUUCAAGUGAAAUGGAUAGAUAUUCUUAGUAAAGCUGCCAAAGGGGACAUUCCAAUAUUUGAUGAAGAUAAAGACAAUCAGUAAACUGUAUCUUAUCAAAAAUUUAGAGUGACUCCACUAAAUCACACAUGCUCUAUUGUAAAACAGUUACUUGAGAGCAGUUGCAAUGGCACUUUUAUUUCUCAGUGAUUUAAGGUCCUGUCCAGCAACCCAGUAUGUGCCUUUGGGUGGCAUGUGCAAUUUAUUUUGGAGUUCAGCACUGCCACAAGAUUCAGCCCAUAUGAAGUUCUGCAUAAAGUUGGACUUCCUGUACACAUGCUGCAUAUCUCUGCACAAGAAAACUGAAGCUGGGCAUAAUAAAAUGAAGAAGCAUGAAUGUCCAUAAGAAAAGUUUUUUCAUACCUAAAAGAAAGGAGCAAAAUGGUGCUACAACUUGGGUCUGAAGGGCCCCAACUUGAUGUUUGAAGCAAAUAAUUAUUUUUUAAAUUAAAAGAUGGAGCGUCCUAAAUGUAUGUUCCAGUUCUGUUAUACUGUUUCCUUGCAAGAUUAUGCAUUCCAUUUCAUCAUGUCUACAGGGUAAAAUGAGGCAAAGUCCUAAGAACUGGCAUUUAUGUUAUGUUUUGUGUUGACGACACAGCAGAGAAGCAGAGGCUGGACAUCACAUUUCAUAAAAAUAUAGUAUAACUACAGUCAGGAUAAUCUGCUGUUUCUGAGCCUUAGUAACAAACAUUCUGCAUACUUUAACAGCCGAGAGAAUAAUAUUGUGGACCUAACAUGGCAGGAAAUUUGGAGUGUUGCACUUGUAUAGUGAUGUUGUUUACUGGAUAGGGUUUAAAGAUGAUAACUCCGACCUCACAUGUAAAAAUGGGAAAAAGAGGUUGUGGCUGGCUGGAUGGAUGAACUAUCAUUUUUCUCUGCUUUAGUCUUUGUUGAAAGCAUAUAUAUUUUUUGUCAAAUACUGAUGAUGUGCUUAAGAAACUACCCUUAACUGAUUUAUUAAUAGAAUACAGAUUUCAUACUGAAGCAUUAAUAAUCCUUUUAUUAUGGCAGGAUAUUUAUGACAGAUGGAUUCAGCAGUGUUGUGUAUAUUGAUGUUUGCUGGAUGGGAUUUUAAAGAGGGAUAAUUCCAUAUAUAUAACUAUCCUUUUUAAUUCAGUCUUUGUUGAAUGUGCAGUCUCUUUUUGUUUAAUGCUAAUGGUGUAAGUGAAAAAGCUCUCCUUAACUGAUAUAAUACAAGACUACAUGUUUUGUACUGAAGCAUUAAUAACCCAUUUAUUGUGGCAAGGUAUUUUUGUCAGAUGGCGUCAGCAGUGUUUGUAAAUAUGUCUAUUCAAAUACCUGUAGUGGCUGUUUUAUCAAGUGUACAUUUCUGUAACUGAAUUAAUGCUGCCUUUGUGUACAAACUAGUUAAGAGCUUGUGGCUGGCCACUGACAAUCCCUAGGUCACUGUUGAUUGUCUGACAAAAAGCAGUUGGAUUUGUGAAGUCUAUGUGCUGUGAUUAUCUUGUUAUUAUUAUUAUUUUUUACUAAAUCUGCAUUUUCCCUGUGGUAUUAUAGAACAAAAUAUAAUAAGAAGAACCAUAGAAAGUAUUAUCACUUUCUAUAGCACUUGUGACAUAGCAAAAAUGUGCAUGUUCAGUCAGUCAUAUAUGUAUUGUGCUUUUCUUUUUCAAAUAAUAUAAACAUUCCUAAUCAACAACAUUAUGUGAAUUUGAAAAUGGGUUAAUGUUUAUCUCCUGCUGAAACCACGUACUUCAACAUCAGACAAAACAAAAAUAAACAAAGAAAAAUCUUUA